UAUUAGGUAGAAGAAGUUUAGGUUGUUUGUGACCGAAAAAUCACAAACUAUGUCAACUCGAUCUACCUACCACCUUAAUUUUAUUUCUCUAACAAACAACCUUAUAAAAUCACUCUACCAUUCUUACACCUCAUUCUAACUUUCUCUCUCAAAUCCUCUCAUCACAAUUCUACUUCCUCUGUCUUUAUCUCUAUCUCUAACAAAGACAAUAACUAUGGCAAGUGAAACGGUUUUGGUUGAUGAAAUCUCUUACCCUGCCAAGAUCACUACUACCAAGCCUCUUUCUCUCCUUGGUCAUGGGAUUACUGACAUGGAGAUCCAUUUUCUCCAAGUGAAAUUCUAUGCUAUUGGGGUUUAUUUGGAACCUGAGGUAGUUAACCAUUUGCAACAAUGGAAAGGUAAAUCUGCUAAGGAGUUGGAAGAUAGUGAUGACUUCUUUGAUGCUCUCAUAUCUGCUCCUGUGGAGAAGGUAAUUAGACUUGUGGUGAUUAAGGAGAUUAAGGGUGCACAAUAUGGUGUUCAGAUUGAGACUGCUGUGAGGGACCGUUUGGCAGCUGAUGACAAAUAUGAGGAUGAAGAAGAAGAAGCAUUGGAAAAAGCUAUUGAAUUUUUCCAGUCUAAGUACUUCAAGAAAAAUUCAGUCAUCACAUAUCAUUUCCCUGCAAAUUCUUCAACUGCUGAGAUUGUGGUAUCUUUGGAGGGGAAAGAAGAUUCAAAGUAUGUAGUAGAGAAUGCCAAUGUUGCAGAGACAAUUAAGAAAUGGUAUCUUGCUGGCUCAAGGGCUAUAUCUCCUUCAACCAUUACAUCUUUGGCUACCAAUCUCUCUGCAGAAUUGUCCAAGUGAAGAAAACUUUGUGUUAUGUAAUCGUGUGAAUCUUUAUGUUCUUGUUAUCAUUUUGUACUAAUUAGAACUUUUUUCUACUUUGUUUGCGGAAUUCUGCUUUUUUAAUUUAUGGAAUAAUGUUAAUCUUGUGAGACAUACCAAAUUUCUAUUCUUUAAGGAAGUUAGAAAUGGAUAAAUUCCACUCUACGUAUAAAUAUAAUAAAUAGUUUUUAAAGUA